AUGAGUUCCAACGGGACAUCAACGCUUCUAGGAACCGCUCCGCUAUCCAACAUAGAUCCCUCCAAAAUUCAUAUCAUCAAGGAGAUUUCACGCUCCGACGCGUCUACAUUAUUCGAGGUAGACCUGGAUGGACGAAACUAUGCAUGGAAGGUUUAUCACGACAACGGCGACCCCGGGCAUGCCGAAAAUGGUCGUGACUUGAACCGUUUUCGCUGUGAAGUUAAUGCAUACGAAAAGCUCCUCAGCUCUGGCGUCUGCGAGACCGGUUUCGUUCCAAAAUUCUACGGCCACAUCGAUCGAAUAGAUCCUAUGAUGUUCGAUCCUGCUCUCCGACAUUUCGCUGAUGACAAGUUCAAGCCGAAAGCGAUAUUACUAGAGUUUCUUCCAAAUACCGAAAAGUUGAACUGCGUGAACUACUCGGAGACUCUGUAUCCUCAGGCAAUUGAGGGUAUGAAGGAGAUACAUAAAGCUGGCGUUUUCCACGAAGAUAUCUAUCCCGGGAAUAUGCUCAUUGUUCGUGGAACACCCGAUCGGCUGGUUUGGAUUGAUUUCGAUGUUGCAACGACCUUCACUGAGCUUGGACCUAAGCAACAGGCUCAUUGUGAUCACGAAAUUGACCUUAUAAAAGGGUUGGGCGAACUAUUGGUAAGAAUUCCGUCGCUCCCUACGAAGUAUGUGGAAAGGAAUUAG